AUGACUACAAUUCUGAAUCCCAUGAUAGCUGAUCAUGAAUCAAAAUUCGAGCGUCUUGCUAGACAAGUCGAGAGGAUUGCUCGAAUUGUUGAUUAUGAUGAAGGUGAGAGGCAUAAUACCAGGGGAAAUAACGAAGGAAUGGAAAAUAUUUUUCAAAAUGAAAACCAUAUUUCGAAUCGAGAAAAUCCUCACGUGGUUCCCCGAGGUCAAAAUGCUGAUGACUUUUUAGCCAGAUUGUACGGUGGUGAACGCUAUCAAGUCACUAGAAUUGUAGAAGAAGUACCGAAUCGGGUUGGAUUAAAUGUUGGUUUUAUGAAUCAACCACAUUUUGUGUCUGCUUUUUCCCAAGCGAUACAAAUGGCAGAAGUGCCGAGGGGGUUGAAAAAUCCAAAAAUAACUACAAAAUUUGCUGGUAAAGUUGGAGAAUCAACUACUGAACAUGUUGCUCAUUAUUUGGUUGAGAUCGGGAAUUUAGCUAAUGAUAAAAAUUUAAAAAUGAAAAUUUUUCCUUCGUCAUUGACGAAGAAUGCAUUUACCUGGUUCUCAAAUCUUAGACCAAAUUUGAUUACAAUAUGA